GAGAACAAUUCCUUGUCAACAGAAAGGUUCAGAAAAUUGCUUCAGAAUAUAAGCAUAGAAAGGAUUAAAAGAAUCCGUACCCACCAUGACCAUGAGCAUCACUCUGACCGUGAUCAUCACACUCAUAGUAAUCAUGCUGCUUCUCGUAAGAAAUAAUCGGAAAGCUCUUUGCCCAGACCAUCACUCUGAUGGUUCAGGUAAAGAUCAUAGAAAUGGCCAGGGGAAGGGAUCUUACCACCUGCAACAUGCCAGUGGUAGAAAGAACACUAAGGAGGUUGUCAGUGCUGGUGAUGUGACCUCAGCCAUGUACAACACUGCCUCUGAAGGAAUUUACUUUCUAGAGACAGUAAAGACUCCAAAACCUGGAAAACUCCCCAAAGAUGUAAGCAGUUCCACCCCACCCAGUAUCACAGGAGCCUAGUGAAACUGCUGGUUGGUAGGAAAACCAACCAGCGAGUCUGUGAGUGAGCAAAGAAAAGGGAUCCUGUAUUCCAGAAAUAAAUGACAAUACUCAGGAGUGUUUCAAUGCAUCAAAGCUGCGUAUGUCUCAUGGAAUGAGCAUCCAGUUUCCACUGAAUGCAACAGAGUUCAGCUAUCUCUGCCCAGCCAUCAUCAAUCAAAUUGAUGUCAGAUCUUGUUUGAUUCAUACAAUGAGCAAGAAGAAGACUGAAAUCCCACCAAAGACCUAUUCUUUACAAGUGGCCUGGGUCGGUGGCUUUAUAGCCAUUUCCUUCAUCAGUUUCCUGUCUUUGCUGGGGGUCAUCUUGGUGACUCGUGAAUCAGAUGUUUUCAGAUUUCUUCUAAGUUUCCUUGUGGCAUUGGCCAUUGGGACUUUGAGUGAUGAUGCUUUAUUGCACCUUCUUCCACAUUCUCAUGAAAACCACCACUGCAACCGUAGCCAUGAAGAGCAGUCAAUGGAAAUGAAAAGAGGCCCACUUUUUGGUCAUCUGUCUUUUCAAAACAUAGAAGAAAGUUCCUGUUUGGAGUCCACAUGGAAAUGUCUGACAGAAUUGGGAGGCUUGCAUUUCAUGUUUCUUGUUGAACAAGUACUUGCAUUGAUGAAGCAAUUUAAGGAUAUGAAGAAAAAGAAUUUUUAAAAGCCUGAAAAUGAUGAUGACAUGGAGAUUAAGAAGCAGUUGUCCAAGUAUGAGUCCCAACCUUCAACAAAUGAGGAGAAAGUAGAUGCUGAUGACUGAGCUGAAGGGUAUUUACAGGCAGAUUCACAUGAGCCCUCCCACUUCAAUUCUCAGCCAGCAAUCUUGGAAAAAGAAGAGGUCAUGAUAGCUCAUGCUCAUCCACAAGAAGUCUACAGUGAACAUGAACCCAGAGGGUGUGAAAACAAAUGCCAUUCACAUUUGCAUGAUACACUGGGCCAGUCAGAUGACCUCAGUCACCAGCAUCAUCACUACCAUCAUACUCUCUAUCACCACUACCAAAACCACCACCCACACAGUCACAGUCAGCGCUACUCUUGGGAGGAGCUAAAAGAUGCUGGCAUUGCCACUUUGGCUUGGAUGGUGAUAACGGGUGAUGGUCUGCACUUAAGCGAUGGCCUAGCAAUUGAUGCUUUCACUGAAGGCUUACAAAGUGGGUUAAGUAUUUCUGUUGUGUUCUGUCAUGAGUUGCCUCAUGAAUUGGGUGACUUUGCUGUCUUACUAAAGGCUGGCAUGACUGUUAAGGAGGCUGUGCUUUAUAAUGCAUUGUCGGCCACGCUGACAUAUCUUGGAAUGGCAACCGGAAUUUUCACUGGGCAUUAUGCUGAAAAUGUUUCCAUGUGAAUAUUUGCACUUACUGCUGGCUUAUUCAUGUAUGUCACUCUGGUUGAUGUGCGUGACAAUAUUAUGGCUGUGAGUCCCACGGUCAUCCGUGUCUCUUCUGUAGCGUUUGAGCCAGAGGUGACCCUGAAGGUACACAUCAGUGACGCCAGCACCCACCAGCCCAUCCCGGAUGCGCUCAUCGAGAUCUUCGCCAACCAGGUCUCCAUUGCCUCGGGCACUUCGGGAACAGGUGGCAUCGCCUUCAUCAGGUUCCAGUACAAACUGGGCAGUCAGCUGAUUGUCACCACCACAAAGCAUGCUUAUGUGCCAAACUCUGCCCCUUGGAAGCCCAUCCGCUUACCUGGGCUGUCUUCCUCAGCGGUCGUGCUGGAGACCCAGCUGCAAGAGACUGCUUUUCCCCUCCUUGCUGGUCACCGCUUCAAAGCAGUGUGUCCACCACAGGGAGCAAGGAGGGCAGUGGGCACAGACUCAGCUUUAGGGCAGGUGAAGAACAGCAGCUAUGGGCCCCCCGUCCCGUCUCCUCAUGCUGCCUCUUCUGCCCAGAUCACACUAUCUGUUGGCCCCAAAAUGAGUGAGGGCUAA